GGGCGCUUUCCGUGCGCCCACGCGGGCGGGGGCCGAGCCGCGCUUCCUGCGCGAACCCACCUCUCCCCCGGGGCGCCGGCGGUCAGGUGGUUGCCUGCGCGUGGCUGCCGCUCCGCCGGUACCGGCACCCGCUCUCAGGCUCUCCUCGGCGCGGCCCCCUCGACUGCCCUAACCGCACCCUUCCCCCAGCCCGGUCCCGCAGGCGAGGGAGCGCGACUCCCUCCCCAGAUGUUACGGCCCCGCCUGAGUGCCUGGGCCCACCGGUGGCUUUCGGGUGGAACGCGGAGGGCCCCGGGGGAUGCCAGAAGGUGUCCACGUGUUGGCGUGGGCUCAGCCCAAAAUGUAGGCCCUCAGAGCCCCAGCAGAAGCUGUGAAUCAGGCCUGGGCCCCUGAUGGUUUUGGCGAAGUACCCUAAGGUAGCUGGGCCGGCCCCCUCUUUCCCACCUACCUCUUGCCCUUCCCCCCACACCACCACCACCCUGGCUCCCCUCCCUCAUGACCGCCUGGAUCCUCCUUCCUGUCAGCUUGUCAGCAUUCUCUAUCACUGGCCUAUGGACUGUGUAUGCCAUGGCCGUGAUGAACCGCCACGCAUGCCCUGUGGAGAACUGGUCCUACAACGAGUCCUGCUCUCCUGACCCCGCUGAACAAGGGGGCCCCAAGACUUGCUGCACCCUGGAUGAUGUCCCCCUCAUCAGCAAGUGUGGCACAUAUCCCCCAGAGAGCUGCCUCUUCAGCCUCAUUGGCAACAUGGGUGCUUUCAUGGUGGCUCUGAUCUGCCUGCUGCGCUACGGGCAGCUCCUGGAGCAGAGUCGUCAUUCCUGGGUCAACACCACAACACUCAUCACAGGCUGCACCAACGCUGCGGGCCUUGUGGUGGUCGGCAACUUCCAGGUGGAUCAUGCUAAGUCUCUGCACUACAUCGGAACUGGUGUGGCCUUCUCCGCCGGGCUGCUCUUUGUCUGCCUGCACUGUGCCCUCUGCUACCACGGGGCCACAGCCCCCCAGGACCUGGCUAUGGCCUACGUGCGGAUUGUGCUGGCAGCCAUCGCCUUUGUCACCCUGAUCCUCAGUGCGGUCUUCUUUAUGCACGAGAGCUCUCAGCUGCAGCAUGGGGCAGCCCUGUGCGAGUGGGUGUUUGUCAUUGACAUCCUCAUUUUCUACGGCACUUUCAGCUAUGAGUUCGGAGCAGUGUCGUCAGAGACGCUGGUGGCUGCGCUGCAGCCUGCCCCUGGCCGGGCCGCCAAGUCCUCUGGGAGCGGUCGCACCUCCACUCACCUCACCUGUGCCCCCGAAAGCAUCGCCAUGAUCUGAGGUCUGGGGAGGGUGGCCGGGCCAACCUCACCAGCUCCCCACCUCAUAACUUUGCAUUUAUUUUGUACCAAAAAUGGUUUUGAGAAAGUGUUGUCGGGAUAUAGGCUUCCUUGCUGCUGGAGCAGUGGCCAUCCCACACCCACCUGUGCCACAGAGGAACAGGCCAGGCAGGUGCCUGGGCUGCACACAACCUACUCCCUUACUCUGCACUGUUGUUUUUAUGUUCAAAGGUCACAUAUUCUUAUUUCACCCAGCCAGCCCUUCAGGUGCCUUCUACUCCCCAGUGCCGAAGCCAAACCACUGGGGUUUCCUGCUGCAGGAAUUGGGGGCUGGGAACAGCAAGAAGGAUAGAAUUUGGGGUGGAGGGAUAGGCACUCCUUAGACUGUGGGAAGGCCCACUUUGGGGCCCACUGAGCUGCACUGGGAUUCUUCACUCUGCCCUUUUCUUUCUUUCGGGCAAAUAACACAGCAGAACCAUGUGGGUAUUUUAGUACUUUUAUAUAUAUAUACAUAUAUAUAUAUAUAUAUCUAUAUAUAUAUAUAUCUAUUAAAAGAAUUCUAAUUUGCAUGUCUGUAGUCUGUUCUGAAGAGUCAAGAGAGAGACUAACCCAGGAUGGCUUUCCCUAGGCAAAGGAUGGGCAAAAUCCCCUGCCCCCAGAGAGAGUCCUGAGUGGCCACUGCUCUUUGAGAACAGGGCUGUCAAGAAUAAAGACUGCCAGGUGCUAUCCAAAUACCCCUCAAGGGCCUGAAACCCUUUCUAGGACUUUAAACAGUCUAAAGAACUGACCUGAUCCUUCUUCUACUCAAGAGUGUGGUUUGAAGUUUGCUUCCUCAGUAGGUAAUACUGGGGUGGGGCAGAGGUGGGGGCGGAGGGAAUCCACGGAGCAACUUCAAACUGAUAGGAGCAGUUUUCACAAUGAAGCUAAAGAAAGCCUGUGGGAUUCCAAGAUUUACUAAAAAUUGCAGGGGAGAGAGAUGUAGGCUCUCUUUUUUUUCUUUACCAUCUGUAAGUAACUAUUGGAUGCCAGACCCUGACACAUUUUGCUUUCCAACAAUGAAUGCACAGGCCCAAGCCCUGGCUGAUCUAGUAGCCAGGUUUUUGACCUGGGCUCCACUUCUCAGGCCAGACUGAGCAGUGCGUACACUUAACAGGAAGGGACACACAGCCUGGUGCUUUCUGCGGUUCAGGACCACCUUCCCCAACAGCAGUAGGGACCUCAUGGAGGGUACGGAACCCCUGCCCAGGCUUGUGAGCAAUGCAGUGCAGGGUGGGUAAAGAAAUUUUAAUGAGGAUUUGAGGUGCAAGAGAAAGAUGUGGAGGACUGGUACUCAGCCCCAGGCACCUCAUGUGUACAUGGCUCCAUGGAGGUUCUCAAGUCGGUGCUUUUGCUGCUGCUUGCGAGCCUGAAGGAAAGAGAGCACAAUGGCCAUGAGCCAUAUGUGAAGGCCUGUGGGUGGAGCAAUGGGACAGCUAUCAUGGAGCUAUCACUGUUUUCAGGCUCCUAGCAUGUGUAUUGCCAAGGCUCUUGCCCCUCACCAGAGUCACCAGGAAGACGACAAGAGCCAAGGACCCUGAGGCCUACCCAGACCUGCUAAGGUAGGAAAUGAGAACAAAAGGACAGCGACUGGGGGGCCCCAUUACCACCCUCUCCACUUACCACCAGCCCCUACCUUAUCUCGUCUAUGUUCCUCGUAAGUGUCAUCAUCAGUGGGCAGCUCAUGGCGGCACAAGGGGCAGGAAUUUGUCUGAGGAAAGGAGGACAGUGUUCCAGCCCAAGUCUGGUAUUCAUAAGUUAAUAUUCGUCCCCUGCUCCCAAUACCCACCCCUACCCCUCUCCCUUUUCUGAUCCCCUAACAGUUCAUAAACAGAACUUGAGAGGCUUGAGAACUGGGCCCAGGGCAAGUGAGGGCUGAGAAAAAGGAAGUAGUACCUUGCUUAGCCAGGGCAGAAUGCAGCUGGAAUGGAAGAGGUGAUGGCAAGGCAUCUCAAUGGCAGUCUCCUCCUCCUCAAAUUCCAAAAGACACACGGGGCACUUGAGCUCUUUAGGAGGGAGUGCUGAUCAGGAGAGCCGCUACAGGCCCUACCUCCCAGCUCCCACUCUUCAAGGACAUUCUUGCCCCAACCUGACCUGGAAAACUGAAGGGCCAGACCAGUCUAGCUUGGGAGGGAGUGGGUCUGACAAACCUGCCCCAAACAGUGAAAGGAAUUAGUGUUCUCACCGGCCUGAGAGCCCCUGAUGACUCUCCUAGGAAGGUUCUCAACCACAGCUUUGGCAGCAGGUGGAGGCAGGUGAUGUUCCCAAUCUACUACCAACCCCAAGUCUUCAAAGUCCAUCCUAUUGAAAAGUGACCUGGGAAGAACGGCGCAUGGUCAGAACCACAGAAAACCAUACUUUCUCUUUGCCCCAACAGCCCACUAGGCAUUAUAGCAAAUAAAUGCCCUGCAGCUAGUACCCUGCAGAAGUGCUCACUAGAUAAAAAGCACAGUGGGAAGUGGUUUACAGCUGCUAUAAGACAACCCCAGGCAUGCAAGCAGUUUAGUCCCAUUUUACACAUGAGGCAACAGGCUUAGAAGUUACUCAGGCUAUGUAGGAAUGACCUGGUAAAGCCAGAUUCCCAGUGGCAGCGCUGGCUGCCGUGCUUGGUGUUCCUAACUAAUGUACCUACUCACACCCACACGGCCCUUCCCUUACCCCCAUCACCCAUAUUCUCCCUCACCUGCUACAACCGGCUGCCUUCCCGCUCCCUACUCCCCCUACUCUCCAGUUACAGUCUUUCCCACAAUCUCUUUGCCCGGCCCGUCUAUGGAUGAUCCAAAUUAUUGAUCUCCCUCGAAUCUCGUCUCUGGACUAACUCUCCAGAUUACUCAUCCUUCCUCCUCAGAAUGGAGGCCCUAUAUAAUCAGCCUUCUCCAGCCAGCCCCAGCCCAGAAACCUGCUGCCUGCGCCCCCACCUCCCAGCAUCGCGUACCCACCUUGCGAGCUCCAGCAGCAUAUUGGUUCGGGCCUGCUGCUCGGACUCCAACGGCUCGCAGUCGUGUUCAUCGAAAUAGGACGCCAUCGCAGCGGUGCUGUCUCACACAGCCCUCGAACCCCGCUGGACUGCGGCCCCGUGGCUCUGGCCAAUAAAUUGCCGAGCUGAGAGAGGAAGACCAAUCAGAGCACCCGAAAGGCGGGAACAGAGGCUCGUUUGCCGCACUGAAAGCGGAAGUAUUAAUUCUGCCGCCUCUCGUUGGCUCGAGUAAGUCAGGUGACCAAAGGCUAAAACCAAUGGCAGGAUCUGGGGCUGGUCCGGAAACGUCUGUUUUGGACUCCUAACCUGGGGUAGGUACGUGGGAGUGUCGCGUAAUUCGCGUCCACAGAGCGGUGAAAAGGGAAGUGUCGAGGCUGUAGGGGGUCCUGAGUCCGCUCUGCGGUUCAGCGGGGUUAGGACGCACAGGUGUUAAAGGCCCUCCGAGAAAGGGAGGCGCUGGCCUAGGGGCUGAGGGUACUGCGAACCUGGAAUCACCGCGUUUCCCGCUGCUCUGUCCGGCCCCGCCAGGCCCAAUAAAGAGCAAAGCAAAACUUCCCAACCGAAAGAGGAAAGAUCCCUGCCGGGAAAUCUGGGACUUUACCGGCUCAUGGGACUAUGUGUGUGACCUUCAGCCCGUUGUUCAACUUCUCCCCUAGCUUCUGUAAAAUCUUUGGCUUGGAUUCAAAAGGUGGUUUGCAUCCCUGGCUACCCAUGAAUAUCCUGGAGGGAGAAUGAGGGGUUGCAGCCUUAAGAGAAAAUAACCCUGCGACAGAUACCCUCAAAGAUUGACUUAACAGAUCUAGGCCCCAUAAGGCGGCUGUGUAGGGCAGUGGCUAACGUGUGUGCCCAGGCGUCCCACAAACUUGGGUUUAAAUCUUAGCUCUGGUACUGAUUGAGGCCUAGGGGUGGUGUUUUUAGAAGUUCUACAGGGGAUUCUAUUUAUUAAUUUGUUUGUUUGUUUGUUUGUUUGUUUGUUUGUUUUAAGUAGGCUGCACACCAUCAUGGGGCUUGAACUCAGACAACCAUGAGAUCAAGAGUCGCAUGCUGUACUGACUGAGCCAGCCAGCCGCCCCUCUACAGGUGAUUCCUACUGUGAGGCUGGGCUGAGGACUACUGCACUAAAUGAUUUGGAUGAUAGCUACCAUUUAUUUGGCAUCUAGAACCAUUACAUUGAUGGAUGUUUUACACUCAGUAUAAAUAAUCCUCAUGAUUGUUCUGGGA